AUGGAAAAGAGCCAAAGUUGGUCAGAUUAUAUACCUAAGCGACCACAUGCUUCCACUAUUAUUCGGUCACUUUACAGUGCCCCAUUGAAAGUUCAUAAGAAUAACUUUGGACUGACUUUAGAUUUAUCCUAUGUACAACAAAAUAUUAUUGUUUGUUCGUACCCUGUCACAAAGUACCCUAAGUUAUUGUAUCGAAAUAAUUUAGAGGAUUUAAUUACAUUUUUAAAUUUACACCAUGGAAUUAAUAAUUGGAAGAUCUAUAAUUUGAAAGUGGAGAGAGGAAUAUACGAUUAUACUGAUGGAGAUCUACUAUCAUUGAUUAAACAAAAUGAGUCGAUUCAUAGAGACAACUCAUUGGCGAUGACUUUAUUAAAGAAAGAAGCCAUUCGAUAUAACAUCGAGAUAUUGGAUACUAUGAAAUCGGCAACCGACAUAGAAUAUGAAGAGUUAUUGCUAAAACCGUAUCUCUUGAGAAAAGGAUGGCUCGAUCAUGCCCCCCCUCCCUUUGUCUUACUACAAGAAAUUAUAGAUGAUAUUAAUGCCUUCGUUUCCAGUAUGAACCCAGAAAAAAUUGCAGUAUUACAUUGUAAGAUGGGGAAAGGACGCUGUGGUACUAUAGUAAUUGCAUUUAUGAUGAAGUUUAAGGACUGUUCUUUAGAAUCAGCUUGUCAGUUCUUUAGAGUUAGCAGAUUCAAAGCUGGGGUUAGUAAAGGAGUUACAAUUGCAUCACAGUUACGAUAUUUGAAAUAUCAUGAAAUGUUCCUAUACUAUGAUCCACAAUACAAUGAGUUAAUAUUAAAACAACUUAAGAAAUCACAUUUCAAACUAGAAUCCAUUCAAUUAAUGGAACCUUCAAGUUUGAUUUAUUCGAAUACAUACCUCAUAUCAAUUAAAUUUCAAACCUAUAACGAAUCAAGGAAUGGGUUGACAGAUCUUCUCAUAUUAGAAACUGAUGGCGAUAAUCAAAACCAAAUGAAAAAUAAGACUCUAUUACUUGGUAAUCUAGAUCUGGAUCUAAAUAUUCAUGAUAUAAGAGUGGAAUUUAAACUGGGAACGAAAAACUCUCAAUUAAUUAAUAAAUUUACUGCCAUGGCAUCAAGCUCCCAUUGUUGGUUUAAUUUAUAUUUUGAAAGUUUGAAAUGUAGUACCAAUAGUUCAGAAAUAAAUUUUAUGCUUCAUGAAUUGUAUCACGAACAAAGGACUGGGCAGCAAUUCUAUUUUUGUAUCAGAUGGGAAGAAUUAGACGGGACAAAGGGAAGCAACAGUAAGGGCUUGAAGUUAUUUAAUUCCAUAAAUAUUAAAUGGUCUAUAUAUUAA